AUGGCGAGUAGGUGGCUGGUUAUCCUUGGAAGGCAGAGGAGGAACAACAGUGUCAAUACUGCUUUUGAAGUGAGUGUCCCUGGACAUUUAGGCCACUUAAAAUCUCAUAUUCUAACUGGGCAACUGGGCCCUCAGCUACCUGAUUUGGCGUCGUCUCGUCGACGAUCUGCUCAAAGAAACCCUUCUUGCACUGAUUUUAGUCAUGAUCGAGAUCAGAACCAAUUAAAACCUGGUGACGAAGUCGAGUCGAGCUCUAGUUCAAGUUCCAGUGAUUCUGAACCAAGGGAAAGUCAGAGCAAUGAAGGAACUAGAAGCGAUCACUCUGAUGCUUCGUCCAGGCAGCUCGAGCGACGCAGACGUCGCCAACACGACUGCUCCAAACCUGUUUCUGAGUUUUGCUUACAAGGCAACGUAAACGUGAGCACAACCAAGUCCUCGAGAGUCCGGCACGUUCGUCUACAACCUAGGCAUACUGAUUGGAUCGAAUCGGCGGAUUCGAAUCAGGAUCAGUCAGUCGAUAGAUUGCAUCACCAAGCCGAAGUUGAUAUCAGUCUCUGGUGA